AUGGUGCCUAAGCUUCCCAUCGAGAUUAUCUUGACCAUCUGCAAAGACGCAGCCCAGCCGACGUUUUCUCAAAAGGAGAAAUAUGACAUUAAAAAUCCUUACUCAACCGCCCUCUCCUUAUGUCUCGUCUCUCCACUUGUCAGACGCAUCAUCCUCCCCAAUUUCCUGCACACGAUCUUGCUCCGCCGACGUCACAGCUUAAAGAAGUUCGCAAAUGCUUUGCUUAUGCAGCAAGCGUACGCUGAGAAAAAGAGCGAUUUUUUCUUUGACUAUACCUCCGCUGUACAGAGGAUGUGGAUUAGUGACGCAUUUGACUAUUUCGUCUAUGCAAAGGCCCGGUCGGAGGACCAAGACUCUCCCUUUUUUUGGCAGAUCAGAAAUUUGCCCCCAGCCAAAGAUGAGGAGCGCGCGCGCAACAUAAGCGUGUUGCUUCCAGUGAUCCUUGCUGCGCCAGAACUUGCGGUUGACCGUCACCAUUUAUGGGAUAUCCAGGACAGCGUGCAAGAUGCAUGGUCUUCUCGCACAGAUCUUAAUGUCGGCGGACACUCUUCUUUUCCUGGGAAAACCAAAAAUCUAACAAUAAUACGUCACGCCGAGCGGCCGAACGUGUAUUACAGCAAUGACACCAUAUUUGUUUUCCUUGCAUCAAUCCCGCAUCUCACUUACCUAAUCAAUUUGGCUGAGGAAUCAAACACUUUUCGCAGCGUCAGCUGUGGUGCAAACUCGCCAAAAAUGCCGGUGUAUUAUUGGAUGAGGAACAGUACGUGGACUUCUAUGGAGAGCCUUGAAACCUUUUCAGUGGUCUACCCGCAUCUGCCUCCUGUCAAGUCAAUUUCAUAUGACGCAUAUGCCACAAGGGGAAUAGACUUGCAUGUGGAGCGAUUCACAGUGUCUGCUGCCCUUUACAAGCAGGAUCCUAACUCCUUCUCGUGGGGGCCACCGUGGUUUCCUGUGACGGAUCCUGGAAAUAAGAGGAUACAAUCGGAUGGUCUUUCCUUCGAGGUUACGCGCGAUAAGACCUACUUGACACGGUAUUUUUGCUCUUGGGAUAAAGCUUGGGCCUGUGGGUUAACCGACGGAUGAGGGGUACUGGAUGUUAGGCAGAUGAUGAUAAAGGCUUUGAUAUGACUAUCUUGGAUAUAUGCUCGCCGCUUGCCGUCGGUUUUCUGUCUUACUGUAGUUUUAUUAUGGACUUCUCAAGCUCAAUGGAUAGGAUGGAGACUGUAUGAAUCAUGAGCCAUUAGCCGCAGCGUGAUCUCAGUUCCAGAUCCCAGAGAGUGAAAGGAAACCAACAACAGCAGGUGCAUGAUGUCGCAUGCGAUAGACCGACGAACAAAGCAAACAAUUGAAGAAGGUUGUAAAAAUUUCACGCUAGACCCAUUAACCACGCA